UUUGCCUGGAAGGACGCCACGGUGGUUCUAUUCCUGUCUACAAUUCAUAAUAGUCAAAACUACAUCGCAAAGCUACGAAAACAACCCUCUACAAUAUCCACAGGCUACAGGCAAACAGCGAAGGUGUUCGGCGAUAAGGCUAGGAAGGAAUUAGAUAUACCAGACUUCAUAGAGGAGUACAAUCUCUUCAUGUGCGGCGUCGACGUGGCCGACCAAUUAAGGUCCUACUACAACACCGAGAGGACUUAUAGGAAAACGUGGAAGCCUCUAUUCUCUUUCCUAUUAGAUAUAGUAGUUGGCAAUUGUUACCAGCUGUCCACCUACAGGAUAGUGGGUGAGCGAACUCUACGCCAACAUUCGCAUGCCCAAUUCCGCCGCAACCUACGCGAUGCCCUCCUCUAUAACUCUAUUUGUGUUCGCAAGCAAUAUACACAGCCGGUUAAGGAGCAUAAGCUAGCUAAGGUGUUUAAAAAACAACACUUCUGUGCUGCCUGCAAGGAGGCAAGGCGUACUACUACAACACCACACUAUGGGGCUCGGAAGCCACUUGCGAAUCUAUCUAUUAACACUACAAGAAAGGAAAGAGGCGAUAGUCAUGGCUGGAAGCGUCGUAUAAGGACGCCUCGGACGAAUUAUGGUUGUACAGUUUAUAUGAUUGCAUUCUGUACAGGUUUACAGUGUUGGAGUGAACAUCUAGCAAAGCUCAACUCCAUAGAAUAGGCCUGUAUAGCUAUCUACAAGCAAUUCGAAUAGCCUCAGGUUAUUGUAAUUCUCAUCACGGAGGAAGGAAUUAGAGCCUCUUAUUGGCCGCAGCCUUAUCGAUAACGUAGGACCCAUUUCAACGGGUUAAGGGAUAG